AUUAUCAAAUAAUACGCUGCGUUGUUCACUUAUUUUAUAAGUAAACACAUAACAAUAAUAUAGAAAAAGUAAUUUAAAUAAAACAUUAAAUAAUAAUUUAUUUUAUUUUAAAAUACACAUUAUAUUUAUUAUACAGAAAUAUGUAAAACAAAAUAAGAACGUUUAUUUUUUUUUCCGUACAGCAGUGUUGUUUUAUACUUUUUUUUUUUAAGUUAAGUCUAUGGUGCAUAGUGCAAGUAUUAUAAGUACCUACUUUUGAUGUGAGAAGGUGAAAUUGUUUUUUUUUUUUAAAGUGAACUGUCUUGACUGUUUUUUUUUAAUCAUGACAAAUAAAGUGACUAAGGAGUGGUACGUGGAAAUGCCGUGGGGGAAAGUGGCAAUGAUAUCGUGGGGCGAGAGCAGCAAGCCGCCGAUGCUGCUGGUGCACGGCUACCUGGACACGGCGGCCACCUUCUCACGUCUAGUCGAUCACAUGCCCGACACGUAUUACUACGUCAGCUUCGACUUCCCUGGUCACGGCAAAUCUGACCACGUACAAAGUGGACCCCUCGUGACGCAGACCCUGUUGACGGAGGUUAUUCGACGGAUAGUCGACCACAUGGGAUGGAAGACGUUCAUUUUUGUGUCACAUUCUAUGGGAUUUAUUAGUGGAAUUUACUAUCACCACGCGUUUCCUGGUAAAGUCGAGCGGAUGAUCAUCAUUGACCCCGCAGUGCCCGUUGGGAACCAGUAUUAUGUAAUUUACGAUUUAGGCCUGUGGUACAAGUCGAACUACCAAGAAUAUUAUGACAUAUAUAAUAAAAAUGAUGCAAAACUCUACAAAUACGAGCAAGCUGUCGCCGCCAUGAUGAAGGCGCGGAGCCUCACCAAGGAGCAGACAGAGCACUUGUUGGCCAGGUGUUUAGUGCCAACUGACUAUGGACUGUACAAAAUGACAUUCCAAUCAGCCAUGCGUCGUGUGUACGGCACCUGGCUGCCAGAGUACACGUUAGAACACGUGAUCACAUCGAACCCGCCCCCCACCCUCGUGGUGAACGCCACGAAACACAAUCUCACACCGGUCAUGGUGGAAAUAGCUAAUAAACUGUUAAAAACAUAUACGGAACCAAAUAGUGUACACCGAAACGUCUACGUGGAAGGCAAACAUGAUGUGCACAUCACUAGUCCGCGAGAAGUAGUGCAUCAGAUAACCGACUUUUUAAAUUGUACUACGGUUAAGUCAAAAUUGUGAUGUAUUUUAGAAAUAAAGGGCAUAGUGAAAAGAA